CUUUCCCAUUUCCUCGUUACUGUUGCUUUUGCUCGUCGCCAUUUCUCCGUGUCUGCUUCGGCCUCGCGUACUUCGCAUAAACUUUGAAGACAUGGCGCGAAAUAGUGCGUUCAAAGAGUCGCCCAAGAAGCUCCUUCGCCUCUUUUGACGACGUCGGAUCGGAAGUCCCGACGGGAGCCGCUCGCUGCGAAGCUAGAAUAGCAGAUGGAGGUUAAGGAUUCAAUAGAUGAUAUCCCAGUUCAAGAUCCUCCAGAUGAAGAGUUCUCGGCAGCUGAUCUAACAUGGACAAAAUUUGGGACUACGGAGCAUCAUAUUGUUGAUGUAGCUCUUAUACCUUAUGACCGAGUGGAGGUCUUUAUAAGUGGGGAAAGUUCUAAUGCAGAGUGUCCCACAAGAUUUCACAUAGCAAGGAGUAGGAAAAGAGAGGUGGAUGGGCUGAAAAACUACAAAAGUGACGAAUACCUGCAACAUAGGCUUUAUUGGUGUUCUUUUGGCCCAGAGAAUUAUGGAGCGGGAGGAACCAUUUUACCAAGCCGAAAAUACAGGCUCAAUACACGUAACCGUGCUGCUCGACCACAAUCCAUGCGUGGCUGCACUUGUCGUUUUGCAGUCAAACGUCUGUAUGCUAGACCUUCACUUGCGCUAAUAAUUUAUCAUGAGAGGCGGCAUGUUAACAAGUCUGGGUUCAUAUGUCAUGGACCGCUUGACAGAGAUGCUAUUGGCCCUAGAGCCAAGAGAAUUCCUUACAUAUGUAGCGAAAUACAACAGCAGACAAUGUCCUUAAUCUAUCUUGGUAUCCCAGAGGAGAAUGUUUUGAAAACACAUCUGGAAGGAAUCCAGCGGUAUUGUGGUUCAGAUGCUAGAGUUAACAAUUUUGCAUCACAAUAUGUCCAAAAGUUGGGCAUGAUUGUUAAAAGGUCUACUCAUGAAUUAGACUUGGAUGAUCAAGCUAGCAUGCGAAUUUGGGCUGAAAGGAAUAAGAAGUCUGUGUUCUUUUAUCAGGACUCUUCAGAUACAGAUCCUUUCAUUUUAGGAAUUCAAACAGAAUGGCAACUGCAACAAAUGAUUCGGUUCAGUCAUCAUAGCCUUCUUGCAUGUGAUUCCUCAUUUGGCAUUCACAAGCUCAAGUAUCCGUUGUAUACACUCCUUGCAUUUGACUCGAGACAUCAUGCUCUUCCAGUUGCAUGGGUCAUUACUCGAACUAUAACAAAGCAGGAUGUUUCUAAAUGGAUGAAAGCACUUGUAGAUAGAAUUUAUACCGUUGACUUGACUUGGAAGAUCAUUGGUUUUAUAAUUGAUGACCCAGCCAUAGAGUUUGAAACAAUCAGAGAUAUAUUUAGCUGUCCAAUGCUUUUCUCCUUGUGGCGUGUCCGCCGAUCAUGGCUUAAGAAUGUCAUCAACAAAUGCAGUAACAUAGAAGUCCAACGGGAGAUGUUCAAAUGUCUGGGGAAAAUUAUUUACAGCAUCUGGAAUGGAACAAACUACAUGAUUGCCCUUGAAGAACUACUAAAGGAUUUUGUUGAUCAAACUGCAUUCAUGAAGUAUUUCAAAUCAUGUUGGGUGCCAAAGAUUGAGAUGUGGCUUAUGGCUAUGAAGAGUCUUCCACUGGCCAGCCAGGAAUCAUGUGGAGCCAUUGAGGCUUAUCAUGUCAAACUGAAGCUCAAAAUAUAUGAGGAUUCACAACUCGAUGCGCUUGAACGUGUGGACUGGUUAGUACACAAGCUUACAAUGGAGAUACAUUCUGGUUACUGGCUUGAUGUUUAUGCAGAUGAAAGCGGAUCUUUCCCUGCUGUAAAAGAAGAGUAUAUCUCUUCCACAUCAUGGCACAGGGCAUUGCAGAUUCCUGAUGAUUCUGUUAUAUUUGAUGAUAAAGAUCGCCUCUUUGCAAAGGUUGUUAGUCAGAAGGAUAACAAUCUCACACGCAUGGUGUGGAAUCCGGGCUCAGAAUUUGCCUUUUGUGAUUGUUCGUGGUCUAUUGAAGGGAAUAUUUGCAAGCAUGUGAUAAAGGUCAACAUGCUUUGCGAAAGUAAAGAGGAUUAUCCUCCAUCAUUAUCACACCAAGCAUUUCAGCAACUUCUUGUUGAUAUUUGGAGAAAACCCAUGGACGACUCGAUUGAACUCGACCAAUCUCUUGCUUGGGUAACACAAAUGCAUGAGAAGAUUCAGAGACUCGUGGAACUUACAACUUCUAGUAAUAUUGCGACUGUGACUAACAACUUGCCCUUAAAGUGGGUUGGUAGAAGAGGAAGAACAUUUGUUGGUAAGCCUGGAGAAGGUACUCUUGCUCUUCCUCCUAUCUCCAGAAAUAGUGUAAAAAGAAAGAUAGUUUCUAAGAAAAAGAAUCGAAAACGAAAACGGCUAAGAACACUAUUGAAUAAUCAAGCUACAGUUAGCUAGUUUGAUGCAUUUUAUUAGUUGUGAAAUUGGAAUUAUCUUCACCUUUCCAUGUUUGUAAAUUCUUCACUAUUUACAGCACUAAGCUCUUUGUUGGCAUGAUAUUCUUUUUACUUAUUUGUUAUACCUCCAAUUUUCUUGUAUAUUGUAUUUCAAUUGUUUAAAUUCUAAGAUAAAGUCUUCUUUCGAAGAUUCUCAAAU